AUGUACUUCAUCGAACUCCCAACAGAAAUACUUCUACUCCUUGGGCAGAUAUUGGUGUCUGAGAGAGAUGCCGCUUACAGAAACGGGGUCUCUGGUCUCAACGCGCUCGCUCAAACGUGCUCGCGUUUUUACCAAAUCCUCAAUCCUUACCUUUACCGGUUCAAUGCACAUCAUCAGAACAGCUCUGCCCUUGUGUGGGCCACCCUGAGAGGGGACAAACGCACAGCAGAGCUUUCCUUAGACAAUGGCGCAGAUGUGAAUCUUAUUAUUCUCGAGAGCUCUGGGGUUUUGAAUAACACAAAGACUCGACAGCCUGGCUUGCAGAUGGGUCAUUUCGCUAGAUUAUCUCCUUUAGCCACACAACCCACUCUGGUCAGCUCUGGCCUCCUAACCCUGGUAUUUAAUCGACGGGCAACAAGAGCUCUCGCUUUUGGAUCUGCAGUAGGAGGAGAAAUCAUUCCGUGCCCCAAGAUUCGAGCGAAGUACGACCAGGUUAUCGAAUUGUUGAUCGGUAGGGGAAUUGAUACCGAAAGAACAGAUGUCGGCAACGAACGACUAGAUUUCUUCCACAAAGGAAUGACACUUCUACAUCGAGCUGCCGGCAUGGCUGAUGAUACCGUGGUUCGACUGCUUAUCGAACGAGGUGCCAAUAUACAUGCGAGGACCACGAAUUCACAACACACGCCACUACAUCUAGCAUCGAGAACUGAGGAGUUUGAUUUUGACACUGUGGAUGCUGUAAAUGCACACAGACAAGAUCGUAGAUCUAAGAAGCAACGGAUCGUCCGGCUUUUGCUAGAGAACGGAGCUGACGUCAAUGCUACAUGUUAUGAGGGUGAUACCUCACCUCUACAUUUCGCAGUCAAUUCCCCCGCAAUAACUCAAAUUCUACUUAAAUAUGGAGCCGAUCCCACUGCCAAGGAUAAACAUGGAAGAACACCGUUGCACCAGGCAGCUGUCGUUCCGCCAUACGGCCCUGACCAUCGUGAUAUGAAAUGGGUUGGUAGGAGCGCUUGGCAUCCCGAUAUGAAGACUGUGAUUAGGUUGCUAAUCGAAUGUGGAGCGGAUAUCGAGGCAACAGCUAAAACCGGAUUCACACCGCUACAUUAUGCUGCAAAAUUGGCACAGGUUGAUGCGGCACAGGUUCUUCUCGAAAGCGGCGCUAAUAUCGAGGCAACUGAUAAGGGAGAAGUGUGUAAUUCCCCAAUGUGGACGCCAUUGCGUCAUGCAAUCCAUGCCUACGUAGCAAAGGAUUGUCAAUUGACUCGUUCUCGGUCCUGUACUCUUGUCACCAUGUUGGCCAAAGCUGGAGCAAACGUCAAUGCGAAAGGGGGCGAUGGACUAACCCCACUCCACCACGCCGCGAUGUACGGUAUUAUAGAUAUUGUGCGCAUACUUGUGAGAUUUGGUGCGGAUGUUGAGGCGAGAGACUGUCAAGACACGACACCUCUGCAAUAUGCAACCUAUGGGAGGAAUGGCACGAUUUCACGAGAAAUGGAGAAUAGGCCUGCUACUCCAGCUUCUGGUCGUCUCCGUUAUAGGACCCAACCCGGUCUAUGCGGAAACAGCUGA